GAACAUUUAAAUUUGAUUUAAUUUAACUUGUAUCAUGGUAAGCUUUUUUUUAACUACCUAAUCCCCAACAUUCUAUGAAAAAGUAAUAAUCUUCUGCUGUGUUGUGUAGGAUCCAUUUGUGGUAAAACGCGCUUUAUUUAAGCCAUUGAAGUUGUGCAUCCCAGCAUGGACAAUCUUCCAUACAAAUCUGAUGUUGAGAAAUGGAAUGUUGAACAUGUUGCUGCAUAUAUCCAGAGUCAAGUUGGAGAUUAUAGUCAAGCAUUCCUUAAGAGGGGGAUUGAUGGACGUUCAUUUUUGGCACUGAAUGAGAGUUCCUUCCUAACCUGGGCUUCAGAUUUACCCAUCAGGAGCAGACAGAAGAUUAAUAAGUUGAUUAGAGACAUCAACUCACAACCCAGCUCAGCUCCCCUGCAUAGAGGAGGCAGCAGUGCAGCAGCUGCCAGCCCAGCUGUCACUGACAUCGGCUGCCUGCGACCGCCUGCCCUGGCCGGCAGCGGCAGCAGGCUAGGGCGGCAUGAUGCGGGCGUGGAGUCUGACAGUUUCUCGGAAAGUGAUGAUGAUGAUGAUAUUUUGAUGCAAGAACCCCAUGGCUCAGGCCCCCCAACUGUAUCAUCUCAACCCCCACCCCGCCCUGUACCCCUGCUCCCCCCCUCUGCCCUCUCCGCCCUCUCCGUCCCCUACCCCAGAGGUGAUGUGGACGACAACGGUUACCUGAUUGCCAUCAAGGGGCGGCAGGCCUCCCCUUCCCCUGUGGAUCAGGCUGACCCGAUGUACGAGCCUGUCGAGGACGCCAGACUGCAGGGGCAGCGGGAUGGCGCUCCGCCUUUGUCUGGUGACAACGGGCCUCCCCUUCCCCCUCGUAACACCAACCAAGGUGGAGAGACACGAGGUGCCGCCUUUUCUUCCACUAAACCUGGACCCUCUCCCUCAACCAAACCUGGAGUAUCUGGCCCUUCUACUUCCUUCUCGGCUACUCACUCAAGACUAGGCGUUGCUCUUCCUUCGUUGACGGGAGUGUCUUCCACUUCGUUCAAAAGUGAUCCACCGCAACUUCCUCCACUGCCUACCCGUUCUGCACUUCUUCCUCCCAAGGAAAGCAAUAAAAACACGGAGAGUUCUGUCGAGAUAAAUACUUCUCCUGUUAACCCUGCGCAUCUCCAGCAACUGUUGGGUGCUAAAAAACCUACCCUUCCCAACCCUGGCCGGCCAAGCGACGACCAUAAUUCCCUUUCAGGGACUGUCUCGGGAUCCUCUACAGCUCCUGGGAGACGGUCGGCCGUCUCCGCAGUUGCGGCCGCGACCGGCAACGAUUUUGCGCCGGUAUUGCGUCGACCAACCAACAUUCCUGCUGCGAUUGGCGGCGAUCCUGCCGCGGUUUUACAACGAUCACCACCGUCUACGAUCGGCGUUGGUUCGGCGCAGAUUCCGCGCCAGUCGGCGCCUGAUGAAGGAGACUUGAGCGACGCCGAGGAGCAGCAGGAGAGCGUGCGGCUGAGCGACGGGUCUCGGGUGGACCUGACUCCUCUGUACAAGUCGCUGGUGCAGCGUGACUACUUCCACCUUGUCUCGCGUAAACGUGCGACGGAGUUGCUACUGCAGGAUGGCGGGGACGGGGCGUUCGUAUUACGACCGUCGUCUCAGGAGCACCCGCUGACGCUGUCGGUGGCGUGCGGUGGCGGGAGCUUCAACGUCUAA